AUGGGUACAGAACCAACCACUUCUGAAGUUACUUACCUUCAUGCGAGCAACGACAUUGGACUGUGGGCUCGGGCUUAUAAGCUUUUGCAGACUCGAGAGCCCGAACUGAUGAAAGAAUACAAGAAGCACCUGGCCUCCUUGCAACGCAACUGCUCAACUGUUGCAGACAUCUUAACUUUGCAAUCCAUUGAAACAGUCGUGAAGCAACUGUUGGACGAUCGGAAAAAGAAGCAGUGGCGGGUCUCGCUUCUGGGAAAGGAUAAAGAUACGAGAGCAAACAGAGAGAUUAGUGAAGUCCCUACUUAG